GACAGUGUUUUGCUCGACUGAUUCUUGCUGCGAUCCUGUUAGUGUUUGCGGUUGUCCUGUUUCUGAGUGCGCUUUACUUGAGCCACUCUGGCUAUAGACAUGACUAAGGAGAGGCGGACUCCUUCACCUGUUGAACAAGGAUCGCAUUUACACAUGGCAAUCAAGCUGUUGAAAGCGGAAAACGCGAAUCUCGAGAAGAUAAUAAUUUUGCUCAAGACCGAGAAUCAAAACAUGCAGCGUAAGAUGAAGGAGCUUGAAUAUCAGAACGACAGAUUUAAAAUCACUCAAAAUCAGCUAAAAGCCGAGUUAAAGAGGGAAAAGGAAAUGGUACGAUAUUUGCACAAUUUGAACAAGAAGUACGAGCGAACGCUUCAAAAGAAAGAAGCGGAGAGCAGACAGCUGCGGAAAGAAGCUAAAGAAGCUGAGUUGAGGAGUUUUAAAAGAGUCGACAGCAAAGACGUGAACAAUAACGCAAAGGAAAUUGGUAAAGAAACGGAAAUCCGAAGACCGCAGCCACCGAAACGCUCGGACUCGUUCAAACGAAACAAGGACCUUGCAGCUAUAAAAGACCAAGGGAUGACAACUACUAGCAACCAAAAUGCAAAUUUAAAACCAAAGCAGCCGUCUCAAAUCACGCCAGCCAUCAAACAGUCGAACUCGAGCGAUGAUAUAGCGUGCGAGUGGGAAGAUGUAACGGACGUGCUGGGCUUUUUGAACGAGAAGGUCAAUCAGUUUGAGCGGUUACUCCUGGAGACUGGAGGCUCGAGUAAGUCGGGCUCGGGUUCGGGAUAUUCUUCGUCGGAUUCCAUGACAUCCACCAAGUAAAGUGUGUAAAUAGUCGUUUGCUUUCAACUUAUGUUUUGUUGCUAAUUCUGCAUUUGGAACACACAUUUCGGUAACGUAGAGCAAAACGGGGCAAAAUCGACGAAAGCUUUUUUUUUUU